CAUCAUCAUCUUUACCGGUAACGCCGGUAUCGGCAAACACCGGUCACUUACUUCACUGGCGAUUCAUGCACGUUCACUUUGAUGCUGCUAUUGCCAACCUCCGUUCUAUCGUUCCUUCUCUUGCAAGUACUGCUAUGUGAAGCUAGAAGGGGAGGAUUCGUUAGAAGAGGAGGAUUUGGCCGAGUUGGAAGAUUCAGAGGAGGUUUUGGCCGAGGUAGAAUUUACGGAUAUCCAACAAGAGGCUUGUUUGGUGGAGGACGCAGACGCUUUGGUGGCAUCGGAGGCGGUCGAAGAGGUUUUGUUGGAGGGAAUUUUAGAGGCAUCGGAAAUCGCUACUACGGUCGCUUUGGACAAGGGCGUGGAGGAUUUGCUCCGAGUUACAGCAGAUUCCUCAACAGAGGCUAUGGAAACCGUUACCGUGGUCAAUUUGGAAGUCGUUACCGUGGUCAAUUUGGAAACCGCUACCGCAGUCAGUUUGGGGUAGGACGUGGAGGACUUGCGUCAAGUUAUAGAAGAUACCUUGGGCAAGGCCCUGGCAGAUAUCGCGGAGUGGGUGCUGGUGUAAGAGGUUGGCCUGGUCAUUUUACUGGAGGUGCUCACGGUAGAGGCCAACUCGGCUGGGGUGGACGCCGUAAUCCUGGAACGCGUAUCGGCCAACAUUAUUACCCUGGAAGAACAGUCGGCAGAAUUGGUCGUCCUGGAAGUUAUCCUGGUGGACGCCCUGGUCAAGGCCAAUUUUCCAACGGCCAUCGUUACGGUGGAAGAUAUGGGAAUUGGAAUAAUGGCAGAGGAGGAGGAAAUGGUCAUGGCCGUUAUCCGUGGGGACAAGGCCAAUCAGGGCGCCAUUCGUGGACAAACGGCCAAACGGGACGGCGUCCUCCUUGGGCACGAGACCAAACAGGCAAACACCCUCAUUGGGACAGAGACAAACACCGAUGGGACAACAGGCCUCGGUGGGACAAAGACAAACACCGAUGGGAUAACAGACCUCCAUGGGACAAAGACAAAGAUCCCAAACAUCAUCCUCAUCCUCAUCCUGGGAAAGACGAUCGUUGGCCUCCUGGAGGAGGAGAAGGAGGAGGAGGCGGAGGAGGCGGAGGUUCUGGCGGUUUUGGUGGCGGGAGCAUGGAUUACGAUGGUGGCAUGGGCAUGGGGGCCGGCAUAGCAGGAGGAGCGAUGGAUCUGGCGGGAAUGGGCUUAUCGGCUUUGUCCGCUUUACCGUUAGGUGGACAAGAUUCUUGUGUUGCGACUUUCGUGCAAAAUGGUCCGGACGGUUCUCCACUUUACAAGUGCGAUUGUCCUAAUGGAACAUUCUAUCGCUGCAUCACUUUACCAUUGAAGCCGGUGUCAGCAGGCCCAGGUCACUUACAUCGCUGGCGAUUCGUGCACAUUCACUUUGAUGCUGCUAUUGCCAACCUCCGUUCUAUCGCUCCUUCUCUUGCAAGUACUGCUUGGAGGUUUUGGCCGAGUGGCAUCGGAGGCGGUAGAAGAAGCUUUGUUGGAGGAAAUUUUGGAGGAAAUCGCAACAUUGGUCACUUUGGACAAGGACCUGGAAGAAUAAACUUUGGGCAAGGCCCUGGAAGAUAUCGCGGAAUCGGUGCUGCUGGAAGAGGUUGGCCUGGUCAUAUUACUGGAGGCACUCAUGGCAGAGACAAAUUUGGCUACGGUGGACGCCGUAAUCCUGUAACGCGUAUUGUUGGUCAACAGAAUGGCGGAAAAGGUCGCCGUGGAAGUUAUUCUGGUGGACGCCCGGGUCCUGGUAAACGCUUUGGCCAACGUCCUGAUAAACGCCCUGCUCCUGGUAAACGCCCUGGUAAACGUCCUGGUGGACGCCCUGCUCCUGGUAAACGCCGUGCUCCUGGUAAACGCUCUGCUCAACGUCCUGGUAAACGCCGUGCUCCUGGUAAACGGCCUGGUCAACGUCCUGGUGGACGCCCUGCUCCUGGUAAACGGCCUGGUCAACGUCCUGGUAGAAGCUCCGGUCAAGGCCAAGAUUCUAACGGAGGCCUUGGUCAUGGUGGAUAUAGAAAUUGGAACAAUGGCGGGAAAAGAGGAAACGGUCAUGUUCACUCUCCCUGGGGACAAGGCGGCCAGUCAGGGCAUCGUCCUGGGAUGAACGACCAAACAGGGAGGCACCUUCCUUGGGCACCGGACCAAACAGGCUGGCACGCUCCUUGGAACGGGGACAGACAUCCAAGGGACAGAGACAGACAUCCGCGGGACAGAGAUAGACAUCAUCCUCGCGAUGAUAAGCACUCUCGUUGGCCUCCUGGAGGAGGAGGGGGAGGCGGCGGUUCUGGCGGUGGCGGUUUUGGUGGCGGUUUUGGUGGCGGUUUCGGUGGUGGAGGCAUGGGCGACGGUGGUAUGGGAAUGGGGGCCGACAUAGCUGGAAAAGCUAUGGAUAUGGCAGGAAAUUUGGCAGGAAUGGGCUUAUCAGCUUUGUCGGCUUUACCGUCAGGUGGACAAGACUCAGGUGGACAAGACUCAGGUGGACCAGACUCAGGUGGACAAGACUCAGGUGGACAAGAUUCUUGUGUCGCGACCUUCGUGCAAGACGCUCCGGACGGCUCUCCACUCUACAAGUGCGAUUGUCCUAAUGGAACAUUCUAUCGAUCCAAUUCCUGCAGUUAAAAACUGAUCACAACUUUUAAUUACAAGUUCAAUAGUUUAGGGAACCUAGUGGGCUAAUUCUUUAAAAGCACCAUCCACCCAACUCGAAUUCAAUGUUUUUGUCGCCUUUAGGCCUUCUAGAAGCCCUG